AGAGAGGUGUUCCACUUGGCAGGUUCUACUGUGCAUUGUAUACAUCCGGUAAAAAUAUUGCAUACUAUAGUACUGAAAUAACAAAAUCACAGAACAAACAAAUAAAUGAAACCCUGCACCUUUUUGACGUUGGAUUACACAACUAUACACCAUAUUCAAAAUCUUCAAUCCAUCGCCCAAAAUGCACAAUUUUUCUUCAAUCAAACAACCUAUUUAUGGAAUACUUACCCAAUUAUGACCUUAACUCAAUACGGACAUGCUGUACAUAUGAUACAUGUACUCUGGUACAUAUAGUAAAUGUUAACUCAACUAAAGCACUGUUACAGUAAAACCUAUUUGAAAGAACAUCUCUUUGUAAGGAACACAGGACAACAAAGAACAAUUUUGGAAGUCAGCGCAUAUACAAAGGUUUUACUGUAUAUGUUACAAAAAUAUU